UGAAUCAUCUAUCAAAAAUCUUAAGGGGUGACAAAUGGAGAAGCUAAUGACCCACAUCUUGCUUUGCAGUUUCUUCAUUGUUCUUGUUCUGCAUGCUUGCCCAGCAAUAUCGCAAGAAGUUGAGGAUGAGAAGGAGUUUGAUUAUGAAAAAGGGAGCGAUAAGGGACCGGAUAAAUGGGGAGAGAUUCAUGAAGAAUGGAGUACGUGUAAACAUGGAAACAUGCAGUCCCCUAUUGAUUUAUUGCAUGAGAGGGUUCAAGUAGUAUCCCAUUUAGGGAGACUUCAGAGGAGUUACAAGCCCUCUCAAGCCACUCUUAAGAAUAGGGGCCAUGAUAUGAAGUUGAGUUGGGAGGGCGAUGCAGGAUCCAUUCAGAUAAAUGGAACUGAGUAUGAACUCAAACAAUGCCACUGGCACUCUCCUUCCGAACACACUGUCAAUGGCAAGAGGUUUGAUUUGGAGUUACACAUGCUUCAUGAAACCCCGAGUGGAAAGACAGCUGUGGUUGGAAUCAUGUACAAGAUUGGACGAGCUGAUUCCUUUUUGUCCACGCUAACGGAUCAUUUAGAAGCGCUCUCUGAUAGCAGUGACCAAGAGAGAGACGUGGGUGUAGUUGACCCAAGGCAUAUUAAAAUAGGCAGCAGAAAGUAUUACAGAUACAUGGGCUCUCUAACAACUCCUCCUUGCACUGAAGAUGUCAUCUGGACGAUUGUUAAUAAGGUGAGAACUGUUACAAGAGAACAAGUGGACCUUCUUCGUGUAGCUGUCCAUGAUGACUCGGGUUCAAAUGCAAGGCCAAUACAACCAAUAAACAGGCGCUCGGUGCAUUUUUAUAGACCAAGAGUUGAAGAUAAGAAUUGAAAUCCAGGGUACUACUGCUACUCAAGGAAAUAAUUACUUGUCAUCUCUCCUACUGUCGUUAUUGGAGAUCAUAUCUCAUACAAAUGGAGCUAGAAUUGGCAAGAAAUGACUUUCCAUAUUAGAGAUGGCUGUUCUCUAUUAUCUUCCAUUUAUUUUUUGGUCUCAUGUCCAGAUUAUUGUCCACCUUGCAUUUACUUUUCCUUUUUAGUUCAGAGGUUCUCUGAUA